AUGGGUCACGAAGCUAACACAACUUGCAGAGACUCCGACAAAUCGGAGCUCUGCCAUGACCUGCGGACGUUCGCUGCGAGCACGGACCCGGCGCGAGGCAUGACCGGAUCCGUGCACGCACACUUCCUCGGACCGCCGUACCUGUCCGACACACAAGCAGAACGGGCACGUACCUGCAGGCUUGCAGACCUCCGGGGAGACGCUGUGGCUGGGAAUGCGGAGCCGCGCGGUUCGCCUCCAUCCUCGAAGCCGGACGCCGACUCUGCGAAGACGCUGGUGGCGUUCCUGGCGGGAGGCCAGGGCCGCUCUCGUCGCUGCUGGGCGCGCCAAAAAGGCCAGAAGAAGAAGCGUGACAGGCGGGGCGGGGGCACUCUCGACGCACUGUCGUGGCCGGCCUGGCACGUCGGCGGGGGGCUCCUGCGCUGCGUGUGCCUUGGCGCGUCUGCCCAGCAGCCCUAUGACGUCGCGCUAUCUCGCACGGGUGAUGAGAAGCAGGGCGUGUGGGAAGAGGGCCGGGAGAGUUGGAACCCAGCCGUGCGUGCGUCCGCGCGCGCAGGGCGUGCAUCAUGCAUCAUGACACAAACUGUCGCCGCGGACGCGCUGCGCCAACGUUCGCGGGAGUGCAUCGAAGCCUGCGCGCCGUUCCAGAAGCCCUCGGGGGCAGUUGCGGUGGACCUGGGCAGCGGGCGAGCAGCGUGA